UAUUUAUCGCCUAUUUGUUAAGACCGGUGCAGGAGGUGAAGCCGAUCAUAGGAGUUUUCAGUGAUAAAGCCUUCUAUAAGAUGAUUGGGAACAGUUACAAUUAUAGUGGUUGCAUUAGGAUAUGAUUGGUGAAUGAGAUUCUAGGCCACUAUAACGCCUAAAGGCUCGUAAAGAAAUGCCAUUGAAGGUGCUUCAGGUAUGUAUUUAGGCCCUGUGAGCCAGUGUUUAGCUCAGUUCAUGGACGCUAAGAUGUCAGUAUAUCCAAUAACAACACUGGAAAUGAAGAGACUUUUUGUCGGACCUCGCUAUUUUCAUAAUACAACAUCAUCCUGGUCUCAUCACCAUGGGUACCUAGGUACCUAGCAUACUAUGCGCCUUUGAUUUUUUUCCUUCUUUCUUUCGGCUUUACAAGAAAACCACCCGAGAUCAGCAUGAUUUCUAGUUGGUUUAAAAUAUAUAAUAAUAUUGUUUCCCCGGCAUGACUAACCUCGAGACACCGCUCAUGGAUGUUCGUACAUAAUGAGCAGUCUUCCCCUUCUCGUUCCUUCGUGUAUACUUCCUACCUGAGUAUUCACAGAACUUGCCUCUAAAGACAACACAAUGGCGAACGAAAAGCCCGAGGAAGAGCACAAAGGGGACGGGGUUCUGAGUCUCCUCGAGAAGAUAAUCUGGACACCACCAUGGGUCAAAUGGGAUCCAAAAGCCAACCACGACCUAACAUGGGGGAUGAAUAUUCUCUUCGGAUUGUCCGCUUCUUUCAGUGUUGCAAAUUUGUAUUAUACCCAUCCUAUCCUGAACAUUUUGGCCGAUGAUUUCAACAUCUCGGAUCAGCGUGCUUCGUUGGUACCUACGAUCACGCAGGCUGGAUAUGCCGCUGGUCUUCUCCUUAUCGUUCCUGCCGGGGAUAUUGUGCGACGACGACUUAUGAUUCUAUCUCUAAUUUUUGUCACGGCAUUCAUAUGGCUUGGAUGUACACUCACCAAGUCUUUCUCUUCCUUCCUCGGUCUCUCGUUCGUAGUCGGUCUCUUGACUGUUACGCCACAACUCAUGUUCCCACUAGCAGUUCAAUAUGCCCCACAACGCCAUCGAACUACAAUGAUUUCAGUCGUGAUGUCCGGCCUAGUCUUCGGAGUGCUAGUCGCGCGUCUUCUUAGUGGUAUCGUCACGCAGUACACGUCCUGGAGGAAUGUAUGGUGGAUUUCAUUCGGUCUGCAGUGCCUCGUCUGGAUCUGCCUCUUCCUGUACAUGCCCGAUUACCCCAUCCUAAACCGCGAACGAUCGUAUCCAGGCACUCUGUUGAAAAUCGUCACGCUCCCCUUCCAGAAGCCGGAUCUUGCGCAGAUGUCACUUAUCGCGUUCCUCGUAUCUGGAAUGUUUACGUCGUUCUGGACGACUCUUACUUUCCAGCUCGCGGAUGUUUUCCACUUGUCAACUUUGGUCAUUGGUCUGUUUGCGCUUAUCGGCAUCUCACCGGUGUUCCUUAAUCCGGUGAUUUCGCGCCUGUUGAUUUCUCGCGUGCAUCCUCAUGCUACGCUGAUCAUCGCGCACCUAGCGACUAUCGCUGCUAUCUGCAUCGGUACAUGGGUUGGCACCUUCUCCUUAGCGGGGCCCGUGAUUUGGGCAUUCCUCGGCGAUCUGGGUAUGAACACGAUCGUCGUGGGAAAUCGUGUAGCUAUUGCACACGUGGACCCCAAGUCACAAAAUGCCGUGAACUCGGUUUAUAUGGUUCACACAUUCUGCGGCCAACUCUUUGGCACAGCUGUUGGUAAUGCGCUGUAUGCGAAGGGUGGUUGGACUUGGUCUGGUGCUUUUAACCUUGCGCAGAUGAUUGCCGGAUUAUUGCUUCUGUUUGUGCGAGGACCGCAUGAAAAGGGAUGGGUUGGCUGGAGGGGAGGCUGGGAUCUGAGGAAGCCGAGAGCUGCGGAAAGUGCACCGGCUGCUAGGGCGCCUGAGGAUGUUGAGGCAAAUGGUGAGGAUACGGUGACGGAAGUACCUACGGAAUUACCAACGGAGGAUGAGGGUUCUGGGGUGGGAGUGGAGAAUCGUGAUGAGCAAAAGAGAUGAGGCCCGAAUUGUUGAUAAGGAAGAGUAGGGUAUUAAUGUUGGAUUGCUUAGUUGGAGGUGUUACUAUUCUUACUUAGCUCAUAUAGCUAUAAUAGAUGCAUUUGCGUCAUCGCCUUCUUUCUAAGUAAACAAGAAAGGAAUUAGAGCGGAAGGUACCUGAUUAUGGAGAGAAGGUUGGUAGUUGUACAUGGUUGACACACAAUAGCGUGUAUCAAAGGGAGACUCUAAUUUCUGUAGUAUGUAUACCGUUCAAUACUGUCCGUUAUACUGUACAACUGACGAGCAAACAUCCGAUCUGGUGAUGCAGGUGCAACCUGAAUGGUCUAACUAUUUUUCUUAUCUACAACUA